UAUAUAUCAAACAAAUCAGAGAAUUUGAGACAUGGAAAAGUUGAUAUUAUUAUUGCUGUUUUUGUUGCUGCUCUUCACUCUCAACUCUCAACUAACCAUGGGAGAAGAAACUGUAAAAACAAGAGGAACUACUCAAAAUAUCUGCACUCAGACACUCCACCUUGCUGACAAACAAAUCAAACCUCUUGGCACCGAAGAUGCGAUUUUGCAGGUCGGAAUUUGCAUGGUCAAUUAUCAGAAAUAAUGGGAAACCUUACACAUUUAACAUCGUUGACUCUAUCUGAUAAUUCAUUUGGCGGUCCAAUUCCACCUCAAGUGGCUUCCCUAAAAAAUCUAAUAUCUCUGGAUCUAUCUAGUAACUCAUUUGGUGGUCCAAUUCCAACUCAGUUGGCUUCCCUAAAAAAUCUAACAUAUCUGGAUCUAUCUAGUAACUCAUUUGGCGAUCCAAUUCCAACUCAGUUGGCUUCCCUAAAAAGUCUAACAUAUCUGGAUCUAUCUAAUAACUCAUUUGGCGGUCCAAUUCCAACUCAGUUGGCUUCCCUAAAAAAUCUAACAGAUCUGUAAGUAUAUGAGUAAUUUAUAUACAUAUUCUAUUAAUUUGUUUAUUUUUAAUAUCUUUUUUUAAAGUGUGCACAUUUUCAAUUUGAUAUCCUAUUUUUAAGUCAACAACGGUUACAUCUUCGGUAAAAAAGUACUCCAUCCAUUCUAUUUUAUGUGUUUGGUUUGGUUAACGAGGCUUGAUUGAAGUUAUUUUUAA